AUGAACAAUAUUGAAAUAUUACAGAAACUUUUAAUUGAAGAAAUCAUAAAUAAACAAUAUAGUCAAGAAGAAUUUGAAUAAUAUGUGUAAACUUAAGUACCAGAUAAAGGUAUAAUUAAUAAUUUGACAAUAGAUGAUCUAUCAUCAUGGAAUUAUGAUGAUUUAAAAAAAUGUAUUGACAACUUUUAAUCAUUAAAGAAGAAUUCAAAAUUAGAUUAAAAUUAAGAAAAGGAAAUUUAUGGAUUCUAAAACAUUGAUGAAAAAUUAUACUCAGUAAUUGUUUCAAAUUAACAUAAAAUCUAUAUUGUAUAAUUCUUAAACUAUUAAGGAUAAUAUCUCUUUAGAUCCCUAUGAAAAAGUUAUAAAAUGUUAAUAAGAAAAGUAUCUAAUAGAAAAUGAUGUUGAAUUAUAAUUUUAAAUUUCUCAGUAAACAAAAAUGAUAAUUUAGUCCUUAAGAAGUAAGAGAUUCAGGAUUAUGGUCUUUUAUUACAUAAAAAAGCAUCGUCGUAUUUUAAAUAUAAACAUUUCCAAUGUAAUGGAAAGUUUCAAGAACAUUAUAAUAAUUUGCUGAAUUAAGAAAUAUUAUUUGUAGAUAUUUUCCUGAAAAAAUUGUAAAAAAUACAUUUAUUAUAUCAGAUUCCUAUAUUUCCUUAUGGAGGAUUAUAUAAAUUGGAGGAAAUGCUUCCAAUAAUGGAAGAGAUUAUUCUUUCAAUAAAAGUAAUUUUUUAUAAAAUUUAGAAUUUACUCUCAAUUUAUAAUAAAAUACCAAUCAUUAGAACAAUUUAGCCUUGUUUGUGGUUUGUUAAUGAAGUUAAUGAAUAAUUACUAUAAAAAAAACUUAAAGAUGAAUUAUAAAGAGAAAAGAGAUAUAAUUUACAAUCAAAGUAGACUAAAACUGGUGAAAUUGAGGUUUCUCUCACUUUUGAUGGAUACUAAAAAUUUUUAGAUUAAUCAUCUUAUCCAAAAAAUGCUAUUAAUCUCCUUAACUAAGUAAUAUGUAACAUGAAUGAAUUCUUUGCUUACUAAAAAAAAUCUUAAGAAUUUUUAGGAAAUGCUGCUUAAUGUUUAUUUGAACUCACUAAUACUUUACCAAAAUAUCCUGAAUAAAGUGGCCUUAUUGAAUACAUAAAUUUGGUUAAUGAUCAUUUUAAUUAAAUAAUCUAUGAGAUAGAUGAUACUUGUGCUUUACUUGAUAAUCAUUUAAAAUUAACAUUUGCAAAAUUAUUAGGAAGUCAUAAAUCUUAUAUUAGAUUAUUUUAAAAUGUUGAAGAAAUUAGAAAUAAGUUUGUCUAAGAUUAUAAUAUUUUAAAUAAAAAAAAAGAAGAUCUAAUUAGAAAUACUGAUUUGAAAGUAGUAGUUUAAAGAAUAAUUUAAUCAAACAAAUUUGAUCAAUCUGAAUUCGAUAAAUUAUCAUCAGACUUUGAUUAUUUAAAAAGCUUUCUUUAUGUCCCAGAAACUUAAUAAAUUUAAUAACUUUAGGAUCAAUUAGUUUAUAUGAUACAAUAAUUUUCUAAGGCUAUGGAUGAAUAAUUUAGAGCUGAUUUACUUAAAGUAAUUGCAAAUUUUGGUGGAUUUCUAUAUGCAAAAUAAAAACUAUGCUAAAAAUAUGUAAGUUUAUUUUUUAAUCAUUUAGACUGAAUAAUGGAAAGAAUUAGUAAAUAAAUAUGAAAUGGUAAAAAGUAAAUCAAACUGA